AUGGCGAGUAACUGGAUUGGGAACUAUAAACACACAUUAAAUCCUGUUCCUGCAGUUACUAAGCCAACCAAACCAAAGUUGCACACACAAGACCUGUCUGCAUACAAUUUAUUUUGCCGGGACAUUCUUAAAAAGUACAGGGAAGUCAUUAAAGGCAGGUGGCUCAGUUUAGGGCAGGAGGACAGGGUCAGAUAUCUCGAAGAGACAGCAGCUCUGAAAGCGCAGGGAGACCAGCUGAGUCUAGAGAUGAGGGAACUCAAAUUGGGAAGUUAAAAGCAGCUCAGAUUGCAGAUGUCCAGGCUUGAGGAAUUGGGAGUGGAAACGGCAAUGAUGUCAUAUGACUGCCUCAGUUCAUCUCCAGCUGUUACUAAACUCUACACUAAAAGAGCUGCAGAGUUCCUUAAAUAGACUGGAACAGCCAACAAGUUUGGAUUGUAUAUGGAAGCCCCUUCAACAUCCUCAGUGCCCAAAAGCACUGAAUCUCUGCAACUACUGGUUAAGGAGGUUCAGGACUUUAACACAAACUACAGAGAGGCCAGGGGUAGUGCAAGGCUUCCCUACAUGUCUCUGUUAGCUGGAAAGGUCACCAUAACAGCGGUUUGCCUUCCCUGUGACUUGACUGUUAGGAAGCCCUCCUUUUAUGGAAGGCAGCAAUUGCAUUCUCUCCUUAAAGGAGUAAAGGAUAUUUCAUUUGAAAUGGAGCAGCACAAGCAGUCUGAGGAAUGCCAUGUUUGCAGCAUCACAGACAGGUGA